AUGUCUCACCAGCAGCGGGUCGUCCAGCUCUCCGCCGCUUCGCUCGCUGUGGUCCUCGGCCCGGACGAGGAGAGCGUGCGCGCCGGCGGAGGGAAGCUCAACGCCAACACCGCGACCGGCCAGGAGAUCUUCGCGGACUUCAAGGCGCAAAACUCGCGCAGCUUCUGGAAUAAGAGGCUCGUUAAAGCCAUGGCCGAGGUGUACUUCCAGGGAUGGAUGGAGAACAUGGUGCUUUUCAUUCAAGGGAACGCGAACAACCUGGAGGUGCUGAGAGAAGCGUGGAUGCGCAGAGCUCUGAGGUCGCCGAAGGGACUGACCAUUAAAGCUGUCGGUGAUCUGUCCCCAGUGCAGAUGUCCCCUGUGCCUCAGUCGCAGUUCAUUCCCCUGGCUGAGGUGCUGUGCUCCGUCAUCUCAGACAUGAACUCCUCUGAAAUCAUCGUCAACCAGGAAGCACUCGUCAAUUACAUGAGCAAAGCCCACCCAGGGAUAACCAUCCCCACUCAGGACAUCCUCUACAAUGCCCUCGGCACUCUGAUCAAGGAGCGCAAAAUUUACCAUACAGGCGAGGGCUACUUCAUCGUCACACCUCAGACAUACUUCAUCACCAAUAACAUGGUCCGAGAGAAGAACUGGUGGACUUCAGGUUCGGCGGAUGAGCCUCCCUCUCCUCCACCCAUUACUUACCUCCUGAGCAACGAUGCCUGUGUUGAGAGCACUCAGACGCCGCCAGUAGCCCACUGCAAGUCUUGCAGCUGCUUCAGCCCUCAAACAUCCACUAAUAUCGCCUCCACUACUGUAACAGCCACCGUCCCACCAUCCACUGUCCCAGACCAGCAUUCUGUCUCCGUGUCCGUAAGUGAAUGCACCGGCAGGAGCCUAAAGUGGCCCCGACCGUCUGAUCACAAGCCCACAGUGCAGCACCAGUCCACCUCCACUGCGGCGGAUUGUCACGCAAGUGAGAUCAGCAAAACUACAGCCACUACCAACGUGACAGGCCGCAAAGAAAAGGACAACAAACCAGGGAGAAAGUUCGGUCUCAGCUUGUUCCGGAGAAACGGAGGUAAGAAGGAGAAACCAAAGAAAGAGUAUGCAUCAUUCUCCGGCCAGUUCCCUCCAGAGGAGUGGCCGGUGAGAGACGAGGAUGACCUGAACAACUUGCCCAGAGACCUGGAGCACGCCAUCAUCAAACGCAUCAACCCUGAGCUGACCGUGGACAACUUGACACGCCACACUGUCUUAAUGAAGAAGCUCGAGGAGAGAAAGGAGAGGGUGAUAGAAAGAGUGUUGGACAAGGCUCUGGACAAAGAAGAUAAGGGAGUAGACAAGGGAAUGUCCACUGAGAUCCUGACAUUCUCCAAACCCAGGCAUCACCACUCCUCCAGGGCAGGGAAAAGAUCAGCUCACAAGGCCUCGCGCAGCAAGAGGAGGGUCCAUUCCUCCAGAGAGAAACAGAAGGAAAAAGAGAAGGAGAAGGAGAGGGUGAAGAGCAAGUCUCCCAUAUGUGCAGAUGAUUAUCCAGAGGGGGAGGAUUUGAUCCCUGCUCGGCUCAGGGUGGAAAUCCCUGUCGAUGAACCAGAUCAAGUGGAAGAAGGCGGAGCUGUUGAGGGAAAAUCUCUUUAUAAGAAACGCAUUGAAAACCCUUUCCAGACUCAUCCAAUUAAAGAAGCUGAGAUUCCCCCGACCAUCAACAGAGAGCAAAGAAGACGAGAGGUGAAAGAAGGGAAGGCUUCGGGGCCAGGGAGGAAGGAACGUACGAGUCAUCGCUCCAAAUCGUGGGACCCGCACCGGGCCAAAGUGAUUGCAGAGAACGGAGAGCAUGCAGGGAAAUCGCCUACGUCUGAGGACAGGUACAUCUGCGACAAUGGGAGGGACCUUACUGGUGGUCAUCUGCUCCAAGCAGACACAAAGCUCAGCAGAGAGCUGCCACCGGACUACAGCUCAGCCUACCCACAGAGCAGUACGCUUCGAAUAGACGACAAGAUUCGGCAUCAGAGAGAGGGAAACGACAAGGAGAGCUGGGAGGAGGAAGGCAGGAAAAGGCAUUUUCAGGAGCCAGAAUGCCGUGAUGAUGGCCUCUCUAACAUCCAACAAUACACCAGUCCUAACACCGUUCUUCCUACCCAUCCCUACGAGCCUGUCAUAAACCACGCAUAUGAGCCAACUCCGCCCUGGCCCAAGCCUUCUUUGCAGCGGAAACACUCCCUCAGAUCCUCUAACCCACAAAGGGAUGAUGUUCAGCGGCCUGACGAGCUCUCUUCACACCAGCAGGCCCGGGAAACUGCAGCCACCCAGGAACAUGAUGAGAUAAGACCAGCUGCUAUCAGGAGUCAAGAGCAAAGGACCAUGAACCAGGGAGAAAGGCCUGAACUGAUGGCUGACAGCACUCGCUCAAUAACAGACACUGAUGGCUUCAUAGAAGACGACUACAGGCUCUAUCAGAGAGCAGAUGACCAGGAGGAGGAGGAUGCCUGCAGCUCCUUGUGUCUGAACGAGGAGGAGAUCAUUGAUGCUGCAAAUGUGUACCGGCCAGGUGUGGGAAGCUACCAUAGCCACCUGUUGUCUUACAGUAACCGGGAAUCUGAUUUGCAUUAUCGGGGACUCUAUGGUCACUAUUUUAGCUCCAGCUUUCACCAACCACAAGUGGCCUCAAUACAAAACUCAAGAGACAGCACUUCCAAAGAUCUUGUUCCACCUGCAUGCCAGAGGGAGGCUUCCCUCAGCCCCACCAGACCUGGAGAGUCCAGCUGGAAACGCACUCAUCACAGUCAGGGGACUAGAUCACCAGGGGCCCAAAGCGAAUCCAGCGUCAGACAGAGCGCAUCGAUCCAGGCGGAAAGACAACACGAGGUGAACCCCGAUUUGGAUCAUCCCGAACCAUUUGAGGUCGCGGACAGCAGCAUCUUCGACUACUGCCAGACUAGUGAGAUAGAAUCAGACACCGAGACCGUCCGCAAGUCAGCCGACGAGGGCGAUGGUGAGUCUGCUCACUGGGCAGCCGAGGUGGAGGAAGUGCGGGAGGACGGGUUUGACGAGACGGGCGUUCCUCAGACCCACAGAGCUGUUCUGAGGAUGCACAGUGGAGCCAGAGGGGCAGAGAAUGGGGAAACAGUGGAAAUGGGAGAGAACCAGAGCAUCACAGGAGACAGCGGCAUAGACUCUCCUCGGACCCGUGUCAGUCUGGCCUCCAGCAACACUGUCAUUAUAGAGGGUCUCAAGAGAAGAGGCUUUUUACAAAACCUGGAGAAACUGCACUCAAAGAGCAACGCCAUCCGACCACAGAGCUCACUGCUGCAGCUGACUCCUGUCAUGAACGUAUAGCGGGCCCGAGUCUCCCGCUGAAGCUUUGUGUCAGAGCUGAUGGAUCUCUUCAGGCAGCUCAGCUUGAAAAGGCCAAAACCGUGUGCUUGAAUCUUCAGUUCUAUGCAACCUCUCAGUCAGAAACAUAUCUAACAAGGAGGUGGUGCCCCUUCUACAUAUUAAAACCAGGGGUCUGUGUAUAGCUGUACAGUAUAUAUAUAUAUAUAUUUUUCUCUUUGUAAAUAAUCUUAGAGAUAAUAUGCAUUGAUUUAUCCAUUCACCACAUGUAUGUGCUGAUCAUGGCGUUGUGGCAUUUUUGUUCAGUAAAUGUACAGUUUAUUUCUCUUUAUGCCUCAUAGGUUACCAGCAUUAACAUCUGCUAGAGUUUCCCUUCUCUCUUGUGUCAUGUAGUGAGUACCACAAAUAAAAAUUGUGUAUGUCA